CCAAGGACGGGGCUGCAAGAUCUAGCUGCCCUUAGCUCCCUUCCUGGCAGCCUGGGACCUGCCUCUCAGGCACCUCGGGCGCCAUGGACUCCCCAGGGUACAACUGCUUUGUGGACAGGGACAAGAUGGACGCAUCCAUCCAGGACCUGGGGCCAAAGGAACUGAACUGCACGGAGCUGCCGGAGCUGAAGCAGCUGGCACGGCAGGGCUACUGGGCCCAGAGCCACGCCCUGCGGGGGAAAGUGUACCAGCGCCUGAUCCGGGACAUCCCCUGCCGCACCGUCACACCUGACGCCAGCGUGUACAGCGAUAUUGUGGGCAAGAUUGUGGGCAAGCACAGCAGCAGCAGCUUGCCCUUGCCUGAGUUUGUGGACAACACUCAGGUGCCCACCUACUGCCUGAACACACGGGGUGAGGGGGCCGUGCGCAAGAUUCUCCUGUGCAUCGCCAAUCAGUUCCCCGACAUCUCCUUCUGCCCCGCCCUGCCCGCCGUGGUGGCCCUGCUGCUGCACUACAGCAUCGACGAGGCCGAGUGCUUCGAAAAGGCCUGCCGCAUCCUAGCUUGCAAUGACCCCAGCAAGAAGCUCAUCGACCAGAGCUUCCUGGCCUUCGAGUCCUCCUGCAUGACAUUUGGGGACCUGGUGAACAAGUACUGCCAGGCGGCCCACAAACUGAUGGUGGCUGUGUCAGAGGACGUCCUGCAGGUCUACUCUGACUGGCAGCGGUGGCUGUUCGGGGAGCUGCCCCUCAACUACUUUGCUCGUGUUUUUGAUGUCUUCCUUGUAGAAGGCUACAAGGUAUUGUACCGCGUCGCUCUGGCCAUCCUCAAGUUCUUCCACAAGGUGAGAGCAGGACAGCCCCUCGAGUCAGACAAUGUAAAGCAGGACAUCCGCAUAUUUGUCAAGGACAUUGCCAAGACAGUGUCCCCUGAGAAACUACUAGAGAAGGCCUUUGCCAUCCGCCUGUUUUCCCGAAAGGAGAUCCAGCUCUUGCAAAUGGCCAAUGAGAAGGCACUAAAGCAGAAGGGCAUUACUGUCAAACAGAAGAGUGUCUCACUUUCUAAAAGGCAGUUUGUGCACUUGGCUGUCCAUGCAGAAAACUUCCGCUCAGAGAUCGUCAGCGUGAAGGAGAUGCGAGACAUCUGGUCCUGGAUCCCCGAGCGUUUUGCCCUCUGCCAGCCCCUCCUGCUCUUCUCCUCGCUGCAGCACGGGUACAGCCUGACCAGGUUCUAUUUCCAGUGUGAAGGACACGAGCCCACCCUCCUGCUCAUCAAGACCACGCAAAAGGAGGUUUGUGGCGCUUACCUGUCAACAGACUGGAGCGAAAGAAAUAAGUUUGGAGGCAAACUGAGCUUCUUUGGAACCGGAGAGUGCUUUGUUUUUAGGCUGCAGCCAGAGGUGCAGCGUUACGAGUGGGUGGUCAUCAAGCAUCCAGAGCUGACUAGGCCGGCAUCCUUCAAGGCCCCAGAGGCUGCAGCCGCUCCUUCCCUCCUCAGCCACUCCGUCUCUUCAGACCCUGCUGAUCGGCUCUCACCUUUCCUGGCUGCCCGGCACUUCAACCUGCCCUCCAAGACUGAAUCCAUGUUCAUGGCUGGGGGCAAUGACUGCCUCAUCAUUGGGGGAGGAGGUGGCCAAGCACUCUACAUUGACGGGGAUCUGAACCGUGGCCGCACUGGACACUGCGACACCUUCAACAACCAGCCCCUCUGCUCUGAGAACUUCCUCAUCUCAGCUGUGGAGGCCUGGGGCUUCCAAGACCCUGACACCCAGUGAUGGGUCUGCGUUGAUGGUGACUGAGCCCUAUCAUGGAGUGAUGGGGCGGAGGCCCAGCUGCCUCUUGAGGGGGCAGGGAGUGAGUGAGACACCACCCCUAUGAAGCAGUCAGGCUUGGUGCGCAGUGGGGACGGCACUGUCACCAGCCAAGCCUGGUUGCUGCUUGGAUUGGCUGCCCCUCUGCCUUGGACCUGUUAGGCUGGGACCCCUGAACCCUCCUGCUUCUGAGCUCCAGGGGCUCUUAUGCUCCCAACGCUGUCCAGUGUCUGCCCGCACCCAGGGUCCUGGCUCUGCGUGGAGGUGUCCUGUGCCCAAGAUUGUCCAGGGCUCCGUUGCUCUGCCCCUGGGCCUCAGCCCUUUGUAGGGAAAGGGCAAAUGAAUCUUCUUGCCAAAUGUGGGUCUGUGGUGCCCCCUGCUGGUUCUUUGGCUCUGUAGCGCCUCAGGCCUCUGACCCUCUGAGGCUUCUCUGAGCUGCAUUUGCUGCUGCAGGAUAGGAUGGGGAGGGCAGUAUUGUGCAGGGCUCUGCAGCUUCUCCCGUCCUAGAAGGAGGAGGGCUGGAGAGCUGUCUUUUGUCUUUGUGUUUCUGCAGAGCCCGAAGCUCUUGCUGCACCUCACUGCAAGUCCACACCUGAAGGUGGCCUCUGGAGAGACUUUCUUUGACCAACCUGGCCAGUCAGCUCCCUUUCCAGGGUUCUCCUGAUUCUCCUCAGAGAUGACGGGGCUCAGUGAGGCUUUUGCCCUCCCUCUGUCCAUCCCUGUAGCCUCCUUGAACUCCUGUGGUCUUGGUGACUCCUGUGUUUCCUUUCCUUGUCACUGUAGUGACUGAGGCCCAGGGUCACCCGAACCCUAGCAUGGCAUGCUUGUCUCAGUUCAGCCUUCUGCCUUCUCCUCAGGCCUGUGGUUCCCUGUUCACACAGCAUUUGAUAAACCAGUGUGACUUUCAGACCCCUGUGCUGUCCCGAUGGCUGGUCACAUGCCGUGUUUUCUGUGUGCUACCCCUUCUCCCUUCCGGUCUCUGGAUGUCUGUGCUCCUUGAGCCCUGUACUGGCCUGGCACACAGUAGAUGCUGAGGGAAGUACCACCUCCGAGAGGACUGCAGCAAGCUCCAUUUCCCCAUGACCUCCCUCCUACCCUGUGACCUCCCUCAGCUGGUCCUGAGGGUCUAGGCACCACAGAGGAAGAGAGAAGAAGCAGUGGCCCAAAUGGCUGUGCUGGGGCCACAGAAGUCUGGAUCAUAAGGACAGUUGCCUGGUUCCCCCAUGACUGUGUCUGGCAUGCCUCAGUCAGCAUGUGUCACACCAACGCUCGUCUCUGUGAUGAUACUCUUGCUGUGGGAGGUUUAUCCUUCCCUGUUCCAUCUAUUCACAUCAGCUCCUAGCAAGACCACAGUGGCACAAGAGGCAGGGCAGGGAGGAGCCCUCUGAAACUUUGGGCCAUCUGGUAAACCUGAAUAGAACUUUGGACUCUGCACAGUGGACCAGUUCUCCCGACAUGCUGGCUUCUGGGGCAGGUCGACUUGACUCUGGAGGGAAGCGGUGCUGGGGGAGCUGUUGUAGCCCCUCCCCCCCACUGCUCUGAGCCGGUGGUCCCUGCUGUACUCCCUCCCAACUUUGGUGUUCACUUAACACCAUCUUGGUUUUUGUUAUUGUUGUUCCUGGCAAGAUCUUACUAGGUAACCUAUUUGGUCUGGAACUCCCUAUGUAGCCCAGGCUAGCCUGGAAAUUCCUAUGUAACCUAGGUUGGCCUCAAAAUCAUGACCUGCCUCAGCCUCCUAAGUGCCAGGCUCAGAGGCAUUAAGCUCAGCACUUUCCUCUUGCAUUAACUCUGAGGCCCCCAGGACUUUCCCAGGCUGUGCCAUCAUGAUGCAUGAGUCCCAUGCAUUGCCACUGGGACUCAGACGCCUGUCAGAAGCAGAUUAAGUUAACUGGGCAGUGUGUGCAGGGCCCUGCAAGGUUCCUGACUGGGUAGUAGAUUUCUUGUUUUGUGUGGCCCCCACUGGCCUUCCUGGGGGUCCAGCCCAAGAAGACUGGUCGAUACUUAGUCACGAUUACAUCAUAAGCAGAUUUCUUAGCUUUUACCCACAGCAUAUUCAGUUCUUUAAAUUUAAUAUCUCCUUUUUUCUGACUUUUCUACCAAAAGGCGUGUGGCAUUCUCUUUAUAUUUUUAUUCUUAUCUGAUACUGAGUGUUUCUACUUAGUAUUUAUUAAUAUUUUCUAUUAUUUAUUAGCUUUUGAUGUUAAAAACAAGCCAAAACUUGAUGGCAUUGUAUAAGAAGUUAUAUUUUAUCAGCAUUUAAAUAUUUGUUUUUAAAACAAAUAUUGAACUUACUAUAAGCCAGUUCGUUAAACUAAAUAACUUUGUUACUAUGAACCACAUGCCUUUGGGGACCUCAGAAAAUCAGUUUGUACCUUGGUUUUGUUUGCCACAAGAGCAGUGUCAUGUAGCUUGGGCUAGCCUUGGACUCUCUUUGCUUCCACACCCCACAUGUUCGGAUCACAGGUGUGCCACUUUGCGUGGUAAUAAUCAGCUCAUUUUAAAAAUAAUUUAUGAUACAACAGUGGGUGUUUGCAUUUUAAGAAUUUCUCUAUUGUAAUUAUUGAACUUAAUUACUAUUUAGUUUUUCUUAUGUCUGUGAGCUGCCACCUGGGUGCUGGGCAUUGAACCGGGAUUCUCUGCAAGAGCAGCCAAAGCUCCUAACCGCUGAGCCGUCUCUCCAGCCCCACAGUUUUUCCUAUUUUUGUCAGCUGCUUGCUUUUAUUUUUCCAGUUUUUCAGAGCACUUUGUUUUAGAGCACUCUGGAGUUCACAUUUUCAAGUUUCUCUUACUCAUUUCCUGAGUCAUUUCCUAGAGCUUUUCUGGUCUCCUUAAAUAUUUUAUAUUUAAUAAUUUAGGUUUGUACUCAUUUUUUUAAGAUGCUGAGGAUUUAACCUAAGACCCUAUACAUGCUAGGCAAAUUCUCUACCACUGAACUAUGUCCUCAGCCCUACAUUUGUGUCUUGAACUGGUUUUCAGUUUACAUCAGAAUUGCUGAGAUGGAAGUUUUUGUAGACCCUCAUCCACUUGUCCACUGUAAAUAUCAAAACAGUUGACCAAGUGACAUGCCUCAAUCCCAGCACUCAGAAGGUAGAGGCAGGUGGAUCUCUGUGAGUUUGAGGCCAGCCUGUUCCAGACCAGCCAAGACUACAUAAUGAGACCUUGUCUUAAAAAAUAUUGGAGGGAGGGGUUGUUUGGAGGGAAGGCUCAGCAUUGACUGCUCUUCCAGAAGAUCCGGGUUCGAUUCCCAGCACCUACAUGGCAGCUCACAAUCAUCUAUAAAUCCAGUUCCCAGGGAUCCAGGCCCUUUCUGGCCUCUGUGGGCAUUGUACAGAAGUUAGCAUAGAUGCAGCCCCUGACUAAACCACAAGCCUGUUCUUCCUCUUGACAGGAAUAAAUGCAGUUUCUACAGAUACCUGCUUUCUCACAUUUUCACUGAGUCUACAAAAUUGUCCACCUCAAAAGACUGUACUAGGUUUUGGGGUUGUUUUGUUUGUUUGAUUUGUUUUUUAAGCCACCAAUCAGGAUGUAGUUCUCUAUAGAACUAUGUACUACCUCCAAGGUAGCUUUCAGUCGCUCUCCAGGUUUAUGUGGCAAAAUUAUUAUGUCAAGCAUGAAUGUCAAGCAGGCCUUAGAGUUCUUUCCCACAGUAUUUACAUCAGGCCAGAAAACAUGUGAAGUGGAAAAGAUAUUUUGGUGCAAAGAUUCUUACCUGGGCCUGGUGUGUGUCAAACCCCAGCACGUGGAAAGUGGAGGCAGGUAGAGCAGGUCAUCCUUAGUUACAUACUGAGUUCAAGGCUAGCUUUGGCUACAAGAGACCUUGUCUCAAACAAAACAAAACAAACAAACAAAAAAAGGAACGUUUCGUAUGACCUCCCUCAUUACCUCAAUUUCUGAUUGGUUGAUUCAAUUGCUGUUGGUAUUGGGUGCAGUCAUGUGGUACAUUACUACAGACAAAAUGAUUGCUGUUUGCAGGCUCAGUCAUUUUCUUAAAUUGCAUGGAAUUUGUGAACAUUGUAUCUAGGACUAAGGGAGCAGUCAGUAGACAUAUGGACCCAUUGACCUGUGACAUGGCAGGAAGCAGCCAACCAAAGCAGUUCCAUGUAGACUGGUAUCCGCUGGUGUGCCACUUGGUUGCUCCGCAGCUGCUGCCUGGCUGUUGUCCUACAUAAAGAGACUGGAGCACCUCUGCUGUGUAUUGUAUCACAGCAUUUGACAUGUGGUCAGAAGCUUGCAAGCUGGAGUGGAGAGAUGGCUUAUCCAUUAAGACGCCAGCUGGGCGAGGUGGUGCCCGCCUUUAGUCCCAGCACUCAGGAGGCAGAGGCAGGUGGAUCUCUGAGUUCGAGGUCAACCAGGGCUACACAGAGGAACCCUGUCUUGGGGCAGGGGGAGCACUGUGGCUCUUCCAGAGAACCCAGGCCUCUGGGCACUGCAUACAUGUGAUGCACAGACAUACGUGUAGGCAAAAACAACCAUGCACAUAAAAAUAAGGCUUAAAAAGUUUGUAAGCUGAGGACUGAAGGGGAAGAAUUUCCAAGCAUAAUUUUACCUCUUGAAUCUUGUCAUUACGGGCUUUGACAAGUGGUCACCAAUUAGGGGUCAUGGUGCACACCUAUAAUCUCAGCACUCAUGAGACUGAGGCCGGAGGAUUGCAAGCGUGAAGCUAAUCUGACUUAACUGAGUUUCAGGCCAGCCUAGCUUACAUAGUAAGACCUUAUCUUAAAACAAACAACAAAAACCACGUGGUCCCUGACUGACCCUGUGGAGCAUCUGAAUGAGUGUGCUACACAUACUCAUACUUACAGAACAAAAGUGUGGAUUUGCAGCAAAUAUAAUUUUGUAAUGUGAAAAUAAGUGAUUUGGUGAUGUUUGGUUAGUGUUAAUAAAAGUCCUGAAUAAAACUGA